CAUUUGAAUAUUCAGGAUUUUUAAAACAAAGUUUAGAAUUAGAAUAUGGAAACUCGGAACCGGGAUAAAUCUACGACUCAUACCCUCAUUUUGCAACUUUAGGAACCGGAAAUUGGACUUAUAAAUUUUUAUUAGACCCCCAACCAGAAUUGCAGCCCUUUUUUUAUUCCACUUUCCAAACUGAUAAUGUUGUACACAUUAAUUAAUCAAAAAUUCUAACUCAAAAAUUACAUCGUUAUGACUCUUCACGCUGCAAUCAGGUAAACUUAAUUACCACCGCAAACAUGAUCGCCAAUAAAAGCUGCCUAAUGGCCCGCGAUACCUUAGGUUAUGCGCACAAUAACUUAAGGCUCAACGGGGAAGACAGCGAGAGGGAAAAUAGUGCUUCGGAUGUAAACUCCUACGGGAGCAGCCCGGAGUCUUAUCUUAGCGCGAUUCCCGUCAAAGGCUUGAAUGGUAUCAACCCAUUCAUUGCUAACCACAUAAAUUCCGCUAUUCAUGACGAUAAUAAAAAGACAGGGUCAAAUGGUCCACUUGGAUCUUCAUUCACGAAUAUGUCUAAUUGCAAGGACAUUCUCAAACGGUUAGUGUCCUCCACGCCCUCUCAAUUGAUGUUCGACCCAAUGUAUUCACAAAUGAACAAAUAUCUUCAGGCCCUUCCCGUCGAGGAAUUGAAAAGGAUAUCAGCAUUGCAACGAAAAGAAAUUCAAGCUAGGUACAGUGAUCUGGUUAGGAAACGUCACCAUACUUCGCACAUCGAUCAAUCAAAUCGCCUCACGGAAAAUAAAAAUAACGGGAAACAUUUAAUUAACGGAACCGUGAUGGACAGUCGUAACGAUAUUAAAUGCAAAAAUAUAUCGCCUAUCCAAUCGAAAAGCCCCGAAAUCUUAGAUUUGCUACAAAAACUAGAAGAACUUAACACCCAAUUGAGAAUUGUUAAAAACAAAAAGAAUAAACAGGGCGACGCAGAAAUUAGAGAGCUAAACGAAUGCCUUUCCAACAGCGCCAUUAACGGAGAUGACAAAGGAAAUACCGGCUCGUUGGGUAUUGCCAAUAAAAUCAACGGAAUAGGAAAUCAACUCCUUCAAAACAAAAAAGAUAAAAGCUUUGACAUCACACUCAACACGCUUAAAGAUAUUUAUAAGAACAAGGAGGAUAUCUAUCUUAAACAAAACGAGAAGAUAAAUCAGCAUCAAAAGUUUUUGCGGGAUCUCCAAUCCGAGCUUUCUUGUUUGGUUAAGAAACUGGAAUCCACUUCCAAAAUAGUUUAUCUGCAACAAGAAGAUAAUCGCUCACGCAAAACCCUUGAAGCCCGCAAUUCAUUGGUAUUAAAUGAUCGCAAAAAUCAUCGCAUAUCGUCAGUUUCGAGUGCGCAAAGCCUUUUAAAUUAUAGCCUCAAUAAAUUAAAAUCUUCUCAAGCCACUUCAAAUCAGUCUCUUGGAACAGGUUUAACUACCGUCGUUAAUAAGCAGCAAUAUCAAACCACUCCCAACUUUAAAUAUAUAUAUGGGUCGCCUACCGACAUAAAUACACCUGCGAAAGAUCACCGUAACAAAUUAGGACCCAAUUUCGGCAUCGUUACGUCGACCUCUUCUUUAAACGUUAGUAGAUAUACCGGAUUUAUAAACAAAUCCGCAAAUCAUACCACUUACUCUUCCGUCACGUCCCCUCAAACCCUUUAUUCGUCUCCCACCAAAAUUUUAAUUCUCGAUAACCAGGAUUUCAAUUACCACAUUUUUGAGAACAGCACCCUCCUAUCAUCUGAUUCUGAACUUCUCAAAGUGUCCCAGGCCUUGAAUGAAUUAAAGUUAUCUAGCAACCAAACCAAAACUUAUGGUGAUAAUUACAAUGGCAGUCCGGUUCAACUCUUUAAUAAGAAUGGCGAAAAUAUCAACGCUUGGAAAUCCAACAACGCGACUAUCGAUAUGUCAGAGAGCCCCUUGUACAUCGCUAAUAAUUUGUCGCCCCCGAUAAAUAGUUUAAUGGCUUCUAGUCAGUAUCAAACACUCACAAAUAGUGGAAAUCGAUCUUUAAAUAGUCCUAUUCUAAAUACGGGCUAUAUUUGUCCAGAUAAAUAUAAUUAUAAUAUUAAUAAUAAUAGUUAUAAUGCUAACGUAAAUCGUUAUUCGAGCAAUGUUAGACCUUUGGUUUCCGAUACUGUAUCUUCUUUAUUUACCCAUUCGAUUAAAACAGAAUUAAAUACAUCUCAUAAUCCAUCGCUCUCAUCACCAUAUACCAGCAGAAUACUUAACACGCCUAAUCCUUCACUAUGCCAUAUUACCCCUGUCCCUUUCGUUUCCAAUUUCGCUAUGCACCCUGACUCCCAUCACUUUGCUAAUCUUUCAUUUAGCAAAGUGGAAAAAUUUCACUUUAACCCUCAUUCACUUAAAAGUAUUAGGCGCCGCCACAGUUACGCCGAGCCCGAUACCAGAGAUGACGAGUACUCCAGAUUUAUGGACGCUUUUGUGCAUAAUGACAACUUUGAUUCUAAAAAUGAUCAGUAUUACCAUGAAAAUUCGGAUAGAUUUGAAAACGGGCAGAAGUUAGAAAAAGUAACGGCCUUACUUAAAAACAAUUUAUUCGAAUAUAAUCAUCGUUUUCCGACUAUUAUAAACGGUCACGUUGACAAUAAAAAUAAAUCUUCACCUCUCAUCUACAACGCCACAUCGUGUCUAUAUGAUUCCCAUAAUCGUGCGCUCACCCCUACCAAAUACUAUACUCCUGUUUCUUUUAACUUGGAUACAACACGCAAUAACAUUUCAUUUUCCUCCCCUUUCUCUUCUGAUUCUACCCAGAAUAUCGCAGGCGACAAUAGAAGGAACAACAUUAUGUCAAUACUGAAUCAGGACGAUUGUAGUCAAUUUCCUACGAACCAUUUUACUGAGCCUUUGUCUGAUUACAGUAAUUCCGCAUCCCAAAUUUCGAAUGACGACCCAAAUUUAGAUAAGAGAUCUCAAGACGGUAGUAAAAGUGUAAAUCACAAUACUAGUAACAAUGAUUCGAGACUGACUAACGCUGUAUUGACCUCUUAUGAUCACGAUAAUUUAGGGAUGAUUCCAAAUUCUCUUAGUGAUUGCGACAAACGACUGGUCACAUUAUCGGAAGGUGGGGAAAUAUUUUACGAUUUUUAUAAUGAUGAUCGAGCGAAUCAUGAGGAUAAAACUUAUAUUAAUUUUACGAACGAUGAUGACUUUCAUUUAUCAACUAACCACCGUGCAUUUAUUUCUCAACCAUCUAAUACAGAUUAUCGGAAAGAUUCUCCCGAUAACAUCACCACCAUUUUGGAAGAAUCGAAUAUCGGUCUCGAAGACGAAAUUUCAAAAAACGGGCUGGUAACUUUAAAUGACGAUGAUGAUAGUUACGAUAAUGAUGAUAUUUCUGCAGAAAUAAGGAUUGACAAAUCAGACGACCAAUUUAAGCUAAAAUCUUGUGUCAAGAAAAAUUUUGCGAUCGCUGACGAUGCCACACGUAAGCAGAGAAAAGUAUCGUUCGAUCCAUUAGCGUUGUUGUUGGACGCUGCCCUUGAGGGCGAAUACGAUUUGGUAGUUGAAUCCGCUCAAAAGGCCACAAAUCCUAGCGCCUCCAAUGACGAAGGCAUUACAGCCCUCCACAACGCUAUUUGCGCCGGGCAUUUGGAUAUAGUUAUGUUCCUGGUUGAAUUCGGUUGCGAUAUAAAUGCCCAAGAUAGCGAUGGAUGGACACCUCUUCAUUGUGCCGCGUCUUGUAACAAUUUCUCCAUGAUCAGGUUUUUGGUGGAACGGGGUGCCUCUGUUUUGGCUACCACACUCAGCGACAGAGAAACUCCUUUGCACAAAUGCGAGCAAAACGAAUUUGAUUUCCGGCACUGUGCCGCUUAUUUAUAUCAUAUCCAAAAAAACACGGGCUUAUCUAAUAGCGGACGCGUUUAUGCCCUAUACGAUUAUGAAAGUCAAGAAGCCGACGAGCUGAGCUUCGAGAACGGAGAAGAACUCAUAAUUAUCAACCAAACAACACAUUUGCUAGUGAACGGUUACGAUCAUGACCCCGUCAAACUGGAUCCCAAGAAUAUGGAAAAUGAAAAGGAUAUCCAGAUGUUGAACGGAGGAAAGGAUUAUGAUAGCAACGAAGAAAAUGCUCCGGGUAGUUUAGACGAAGGAGACCUUGAAAGCGAUUGGUGGCUCGCCAAAAAUUUUAAAAACCAAAAGGGGCUUGUGCCCAAAAAUUAUGUGGGGCUAUAUAAAAGAGUGCAAGUUAAUCACAACUAGAAACAUCUUUGAAAACUUGUAUGAUUUCGGUGGCAUUACGUAGACGGUCAAAUAAUACUCGUUUUUAAACUAAAAUUGGACCACGUAUCAUCAACAGGGCUUUCUUGAUACUUACGAAUAAAACAAUUAUGAUAAACAUUUAUUAUUUCAAUAAAUUGUAAUAUUAAUAUAUUUUUUAUUAUAGUUUAUUUUUAUUAUAUAUAUAUUUUUUUAAAUAUUUUCUAAAAUAAAUUUUUACCCAUUCCCUUAAUCCUUCUACCCCCGACUAUACAAUUACUAAACCAAAAAUGUAUAUAUUUUUUAUAUGAAAUUUUAUUUAAAAAAAUUUAUAUUUCAGCCCCUUUUUUCUUAUUCAAUCAAUACAAAGUUAAUAAAAUUAUUUAAUUUUUAUACCCAGAGUAGAGAUCAGCGCGCGCGAACCGGUUCCUUUAGAUUUUUAUAAGAGAGAAAGAAAAUCAUAAAUUUGAAAUUAUUUUAAUAUAAAUUUGUUUUUAAACAGUUAUUUAGAGACAGUCUCGGCUCACAUAAAGAUUUUUCGCGGCGGGCCGAGCAGAUCUCUAACCCAGAGGUUGGUAUCAAUAAUAUUUUUUCACCCUGAGUUUUUUUUAUUUAUAAUAAUUUUUUUUAUAUAGCUAUUUUGUAAAUUUUUCCAACUUUUAAUGAACGAGAAAGAUUAUGGAAAAUUAUAAUUUUAUAGUAGUUAAUUUUUCUUUAAUAAGCUUCUUUUUUUUUUUAACAAUUUGUAAUAAAUUUUUAUAACAUAAUUUUUUGAUAUUGGUGCUGCUCGCGAAAACAUGAUAAAUUUCUGAACGGCUCCAUGUACAGGUGAUUUUGACGUAAAACUUGUUUUGAUACCUAUUUCCUUAUGAGUAUUAUCUUAAAUUAUUUUAAAAUCAUGAUUAUCAAAUAUUUUUUAUAUUAUAUCUGUUUAUAUUAUAUAUAAAAAAAUG